AAAGCAUUAUCAAUCUUGCGAUUUGACAAUAGUAAAGAGUUUACCACCACCGUUACUAAAUAUAUUUGUGAAGCACUUGGGAUAACAAUUCGAUAUAGACGUCUAAAGCAUCCUAUGUCUCAAGAGCAAGUUGAAUAUUUAAACUAG